GCCAGCCAGGCAGGUCAGUCGUGCCCGUCCCUCCGGGCAGGGACCAUGGCAGACAGCGAAGACGCCCCGCGCGAUGCCGGGGAGGGCGCGGGGGAGGACGGCUCCCUCCAGAACGAAUCCUUCCCGCUCUCCUCUCUGGCCAACCUGUUCGAGAGCGAGGACACCCCGAGCCCCGCCGAGGCAGCCCGGGGUCCCCCCGGCGCCGGGGAUGGAAAGCAAAACCUCCGCAUGAAAUUCCACGGGGCCUUUCGGAAAGGCGCCCCGAAGCCCAUGGAACUGCUGGAGGCCACCAUCUACGAGUCCCCCGUGGUCCCCGCGCCCAAGAAAGCCCCCAUGGACUCCCUCUUUGACUACGGCACCUAUCGCCACCACCCCAGCGAGAACAAGCGCUGGCGCAGGAGAGUCGCGGAGAAGCAGCCGCCCGCCGCAAAGGGGCCGGCUCCCGACCCGCCCCCCGUCCUCAAGGUCUUCAACAGACCCAUCCUCUUCGACAUCGUCUCCCGGGGGUCCCCGGCCGGCCUGGAUGGGCUCCUCUCCUUCCUGCUCACCCACAAGAAGCGCCUCACAGACGAGGAGUUCCGAGAGCCCUCCACGGGAAAGACCUGCCUGCCCAAAGCCCUGCUCAACCUGAGCGGGGGCAAGAACGACACCAUCCCCGUGCUCCUGGACAUCGCCGAGAAGACGGGAAACAUGCGGGAGUUCAUCAACUCGCCCUUCAGGGACGUCUACUACCGAGGUCAGACAGCCCUGCACAUCGCCAUCGAGCGCCGCUGCAAGCACUACGUGGAGCUGCUGGUGGAGAAGGGAGCGGACGUCCAUGCCCAGGCCCGCGGCCGCUUCUUCCAGCCCAAGGGCGAGGGCGGCUACUUCUACUUCGGUGAGCUGCCCCUCUCGCUGGCCGCCUGCACCAACCAGCCGCACAUCGUGCACUACCUGACGGAGAACGGGCACAAGCAGGCGGACCUGCGGCGCCAGGACUCCCGCGGCAACACCGUGCUGCACGCCCUGGUGGCCAUCGCCGACAACACCCGCGAGAACACCAAGUUCGUCACCAAGAUGUACGACCUGCUCCUCGUCAAGUGCGCCAAGCUCUUCCCCGACACCAACCUGGAGGCCCUGCUCAACAACGACGGCCUGUCCCCUCUCAUGAUGGCAGCCAAGACCGGCAAGAUCGGGAUCUUCCAGCACAUCAUCCGGCGGGAGAUCACGGACGAGGACGCCCGGCACCUCUCCAGGAAGUUCAAGGACUGGGCGUACGGCCCCGUCUACUCCUCCCUCUACGACCUCUCCUCGCUGGACACCUGCGGGGAGGAGGUGUCCGUGCUGGAGAUCCUCGUCUACAACAGCAAGAUUGAGAACCGCCACGAGAUGCUGGCCGUGGAGCCCAUCAACGAGCUGCUGAGGGACAAGUGGCGCAAGUUUGGGGCUGUCUCCUUCUACAUCAGCGUGGUCUCCUACCUCAGCGCCAUGAUCAUCUUCACCCUCGUCGCCUACUACCGCCCCAUGGAAGGCCCCCCGCCCUACCCCUACACCAGCACCGCCGACUACCUGCGCCUGGCCGGGGAGAUCAUCACCCUCCUCACUGGAAUCCUCUUCUUCUGCACAAACAUUAAAGACCUGUUCAUGAAGAAGUGCCCGGGCGUGAACUCCUUCUUCAUAGAUGGCUCCUUCCAGCUGCUCUACUUCAUCUACUCGGUGCUGGUGAUUGUCACGGCGGGGCUGUACCUGGGUGGCGUCGAGGCCUACCUGGCUGUCAUGGUCUUCGCGCUGGUCCUGGGCUGGAUGAACGCUCUGUACUUCACCCGCGGGCUCAAGCUGACGGGGACCUACAGCAUCAUGAUCCAGAAGAUCCUCUUCAAAGACUUGUUCCGCUUCCUCCUGGUCUACCUGCUCUUCAUGAUUGGCUACGCAUCAGCCCUGGUGUCCCUCCUCAACCCGUGUCCCAGCAGUGAGUCCUGCAGCGAGAAGUCCAACUGCACAGUGCCCACCUACCCUUCCUGCCGGGACAGCCAGACCUUCAGCACCUUCCUGCUCGACCUCUUCAAGCUCACCAUCGGCAUGGGCGACCUGGAGAUGCUCGAGAGCGCCAAAUACCCUGGCGUCUUCAUCAUCCUCCUUGUCACCUACAUCAUCCUCACCUUUGUGCUCCUCCUCAACAUGCUCAUCGCCCUCAUGGGCGAGACUGUGGGCCAAGUCUCCAAGGAGAGUAAACACAUCUGGAAGCUGCAGUGGGCCACCACCAUCCUGGACAUCGAGCGCUCCUUCCCAGUGUUCCUGCGGAAAGCCUUCCGCUCGGGGGAGAUGGUCACUGUGGGGAAGGGCACCGACGGGACCCCUGACCGCCGCUGGUGCUUCAGGGUGGACGAGGUGAACUGGUCCCACUGGAACCAGAAUCUGGGCAUCAUCAGUGAGGACCCGGGCAAGAGCGACACGUACCAGUACUACGGCUUCUCCCACACCGUGGGCCGGCUGCGAAGAGAUCGGUGGUCGACGGUGGUGCCGCGCGUGGUGGAGCUGAACAAGAGCUGCCCGCCGGAGGAGGUGGUGGUGCCCCUGGGGACCAUGGGCACCGCGGAGCCGCGGGAGCGGCGGCACGGCCAUGCCCCGAGCUCCCCGCUCUAGCACGGCAGCACCGGCAGCUGAUGGACUCUGCCCGGCUCCGGAAUGGCGACUGAGCUGGAUGGUGCUUGUCUGCUCCUCAGGGAUUCGCGCGGCCUCCGUCCCUCCGGCAGCCGCUGUCCCGGCGGGUGUCCAGCCCGGAUGGGGGGCCUGGCGCUGCCCCAGCGCUGCCCGCGGUCUCGGCUCUCACCGGCGCCACCGCUUCACCUCGCUGUGCCGGGCCGUGCUGUGCCGUGCCCGGAGCCUCGGCCCGGGCCGGGGGUGGGGAGCACGGCCCUGCCGAGGCCGAUGGUUUUGCCACAGAGUUUUGCACAAGAUUUAUACGAUUAUUUAUUUAGUAAUAAAGACUGACCCGCCACCGCCGCCUCCUCCCGGCGCUGGGUGAUUCCGGAUGGGAGAGCCAGGCUGCCGGCAGGGCUCGGAUGGAGGAGCUGCCUGCUCCGUGGCCGUGCCAUGCCAAACCGUGCCAAGCCAUGCCGUGCCUUUGGGCAUGGUCACCCAUCAUGCUGAGCUCAGGUGUGGUGCAGGGCCGUGGUGCACAGGUGCGGUACAGGGAUGUGGUGAUGCACAGGUGCAGUGCAUGGGUACGAUGCCCAGGUGUGACACAUGGCUAUGAUGCCCAGGUGUGGUGCAUGGUUACGAUGCCCAGGUGUGACACAUGGUUACGAUGCCCAGGUGUGGUGCAGGGUUACAAUGCACAGGUGCAGUGCGUGGUUACGAUGCACAGGUGCGGUGCAUGGUUACAAUGCCCAGGUGUGACACA